UAUACGUUCCCCGAUUUCUCCAAAACGGCUGAACCGGGGUCUGAUAAACUUCAGAAGUCUAGGAGACUUCAAAUAGUCUAAACACACAUAUAGAUUUGGAAUUUCUCGAUCUUGGCAAGCGUCAAUUGAUAUACUUAGUUGAACUCCUGGUAAGACUAGGUAUUGUUUUGUGAAGAAUAUGGAAUCGUUUUUUUUUUGUUAAACAAUACAGAAAAUGUGUUCUAAUUUCAAUUGUUUUCAGGGUGCCUGCAAACCCUGCGCCUGCCCUCUGUACCUGCCUUCUAACAACUUUAGCCCAAACUGCGCGUUAGCUUCAGCCGAGGGCGAUGAGUUUGUCUGCACUCAGUGUCCAGACGGGUACACUGGAGAUCACUGCGAACACUGCGACUUCGGCUACUGGGGCUCCCCGACCACUCCAGGGGGUUCCUGCCAGCCCUGCGACUGCGGCGGAGCGCCGUGCGACCGCGACACGGGGCUGUGCGGGACCUGCCCUCCUCGCACGGAAGGGGCGCGCUGUGACCAAUGCCAGGAAGGCUACUGGUUCGGCCCUGACGGCUGGUCGGGUGCAGGUUGCGUGCCGUGUGACUGCGGCGUUGGAGCCCUGUCUGUGGCAUGCGACGCUAAAACUGGCCAGUGCGCGUGUAAACAAGGCUUUACUGGGCGGAGAUGUGACACUUGCAGCGCGGGACAUGGAGAUCUAAUCGCCGGUUGCCCCGCCUGCCGCUGCGGUACAGCCGCCCUCUCCAACUCAUGCGCCGCCGACACCGGCGUUUGCGCCUGCGCGCCGGGCGCCGCGCUGCCAUACUGUGAUAGCUGUCAAGACGAACACUAUGGCUUGGAGAGCAGCGGGUGCAAAGGGUGUAACUGUUCGCCGCUCGGUUCGGAGAGCAGCGUGUGUGACAUACGCUCCGGACAGUGCAGAUGUCGACCACACGUCACGGGGCGCGCGUGUGACACAUGUGAGGUAAGCUGGCCACUGUUCGCCGAACCGAAAGGCUUGGAGCAGUGUGUGUAGGAUUCGCUUCGGACAGUGCA